CCAGACAGUGCUACUCAGUGAGAACUGACAAUACGUCGACAAGCGAUCGCUGCUGUACAUCUAUCCUACAGUGAACAUUGGAUGGCGAGAAGCAGGGGAAUGGCGAGGACCUGACAGAGGAACGGUGACUGUAUGUGUUGUGUAUAGACUGGACGGCGCAUGGUCAGGCAAAAUGAAGGUUAUUCGGUUUGUAUACAGGAAGUUUCGAAAGUAUCACGUGUACGUGACUACGCUGUUCGCAGUGGCAACUUUCGUCCUCAGCUUCCGCGAAAUAUCCAGACUUGAACAAAUCGAAAGUAAAGGUUCAGCUAACCAAAUUGCUCCUAAUGAGGGCGAGUUUACAGAAAAAGUUCAACAAAAUUCGCUUAAAGAAAGUCCAUUACUUCGGAACCAGUGGAUCGAGCGAAAAUUGAACGAAAAGUCUGAAGACGUCAUCACUCACGCAAAGAAUGUCAGCACAUCUGAUUACAAGAAGACCUCUUUGAACGUAAAGAUCACAGAAGUAACGACACUGACACACACAACACGCAGACCAAAGAAGUUUAAAGACGUUGUUUGGUUCAAUGCACCAGCGUGGAUUCCAAGACAAAAAGGUUCAGAACUGUUCGGGGGUUGUAAAUACAAAAUGUGUACUUUAUCAUACGACCGUCGAGAUCUCGCUAAAGCAGAUGUGGUGCUUGUUGAUGGAUUUAAUCUACACCAGGGUGCGCCACCACCUAGAUCAGCCAAUCAGAUGUUUGCCCUCUUUUCCUUUGAACCACCGACAUAUUUAACCAUACCUUCCGAAUGGAAAGACGCUUUUAACUGGACAAUAAGCUAUCGUCCAGAUUCGGAUAUAUGGAGGCCUUAUGGAAUGGUACGAAAACGGCGAUCCGGUUUGAAAGGGAAAAAUUAUGAAAAGUUGGUGAAAGAAAAAACGAACAGUGUCGCUUGGUUCGUAAGUCGUUGCGUUUCACAUAGCCAAAGAGAGAAAUACGUCAACGAAUUACAGAAGUAUGUAGAUAUAGAUGUGUUCGGGAGGUGUGGUGAUGGCAAAUGCGGCAGAGAUUGCUAUGAAAAGUUGAAAUCCUAUAAAUUCUUUCUUGCUUUUGAAAAUUCCUUUUGUGAGAAUUAUGUUACCGAGAAAUUCUUCAAAACAUUUCUGCAUGAUGUGAUUCCAGUGGUACGUGGUGACCCAAAUUACAAGAGCCUUUAUGGAAGUGGUUACAUCAUAGACACAAAAGACUUUGCAACCAUAAGAGAGCUAGGUUAUUAUUUGAACUUUCUUUUAAACAAUGAUAAAGCCUACAUAGAACUAUUGAGAGAAAAGGAUAAGCUAAAGGCUUAUUUUCCAUUACCAUGGUGUGGUCUGUGUGAAAAGAUACACAAACCUUUAGUUAAGCAAAACUAUGCUGAUAUCAACCACUGGUUGUCCAGAGAAAAAUGUCAUUUACCAAAUGAUUUAAUAAAAAGAUAACCCUUAACAAAACAUUCUAUACAGAAAUCUCGGAAUGAGUUUGGUUUUACGCCACUUUGAACAGUAUUUCAAUUAAAUCAGCUUGGCGUGGGAAGAAAACCCGAACUGAUGCAGACUCUAGGGUCCUGGCACGCCUAAGGGAGGCAACUCUGCACAGCGAAUGACCAACGUAAUAAGUAUCGAGUGAGACCGGGGUUUACUCGUUUGAAAAGUAUUUUGUCUUAACACUGCUUAUCUACUAGAAGGUCAUCGUGCUCUUAUUUUACGUAUGACGUUUGUGUAAGAAAGACACAGGGUGUAACUCGAAUGAAUUGUUAAGAGAGACACUUAAAGCAACACGAUGUACUUGGGACGUGUGGAGAAACGGAAUCCCAUAUUGACGUGUUUUCUUAAGCUUUCUUAAAACGCUGGCUUUUCUGCUGUUGAUAACGCAAUUUAUGACGCUGUUAUGUACAAUAAAAUGAGUUUUUUUGAAUGGGUACAAUGUGAGACAGACAACAUAAUAUUCAUUCUCCCUUUUAUCGAGAUGACAUUAAUUGAAUUUCCUUUCUGUUUGUUGGGUACAGUCCCAGCGUCUAACCCCAAUAGGGGGCGAUGAUUGAACGUUCUAAAAAGUAAUAAAUUUAUCCAUCUAUUUCUCGGUAAAAUGUGAAAGUAUGGUUCCAGUUUCAACUCCGUUGUAAAUUCCUUAUACAUGGCACCAUUUGAAGAUGCAUUAAUGUCAGACAUCCAUGACUGAAAAACUUGAUCAUCUAUGCUUUGCUUUACGAUUGAUUUGACCAAAUAUACCGAAGGACAGAACUCAUUCAGCAAACAAUAAUUGUAGCCAUGGAACUAAUCAUAGACUCUUCACAUGAUAUACCCAUUAAUGUAUAUUUACAUGGUCGUGGUAUAAUAGACUGAACAUGAUACAAGAGAAUUUCAACGAGUGGAACGCCUAAAACGGCGGAUGUCGGAGACGUUAUCAAUGUGUGGAAACCAAAUAUUAUUGGCAGGGUGUUUAUAUAACACUGAUGAUAAACCUUUAUAGUUUUAUAAUUAUACUUUAAUAAAUAUUUUAGUACCACGCUGCUCCUCGCAUCGCACACAGCACUUAAGCAUGUACCCGUCCGUUUUCUGUCUUGCUAGAUUUAAAAGGUACCAUGGCUUUGCAAAAUAAUAUAUUUCGUGGCAGGUAUGCUCUGUAUAUGUUUUUUUAAUUAAUUCUCUUUCAUUUUUACGUUCUAUAAGUUCAUCCGGUUUCCUAUGCGCUUGGGCUAGGGUUAGGGUUAGGAGGAACCCGGAUGGUAUUGUCCUUAUAGUUUAUAUUGUGUAUUGUCUGUUUUUGACAUGACAUUGGUGAAACACAUGAGCUAACAUAGCAUAAAAAGGAAAAUUUUGGAUUGGAGAUAAAGAAUUGUUUGUGCCCCAGAAAUCUAAGUCCAUGUCUUUUUCAAUUCAUGCAAAGAUACUUAAAAAUAAAUCAACCAUUUAGGAUGCUGCUACUAUGAUGUCGAUAAGCUUUUCAUAAAAUAUGUUCUGAAUGCA